GCAUCUCCCAUUUGGGAAAAUAAAUCAAAACUCUGUUCUUUGAUCUUAAUGAUAUUACCUUGUUUGUUUUCUAAUAAAAAAAUUAUAAUGACUUAAUAUUCAAAAUAUUAAGCAACCUGUUGGCCCACUUUUUUUUUUUUUUGAAAAUUUAUAUUAUAAUUAAGAUCAACAUGUUUGAUAUUUAAUCCAAGUGCCAAUCCAGUUCAAAAAAACGCAUCUACAUAAAAACAUGGAACCCAUUAAUGCAACACCCAGAUACAAUUCGUUUCUGAAAAGGAAAACAUUUAUAAUCAAGAUAUGGUCAGAUUCUGCUCAAUCUCGUAUUGGUAAGUUGGAAAAUAUGGAAAGGCGUUUGAGGAGAUUCCUCAACACUCUCCUAAAAAUCUGAAAAAUAGAUUAUAACAGACGGAUUGUUCGUGGCGUAUGGCAAACUCUGGAAUACAGAAGAAAGAUAGUGAGAAGAUGGUCGGGGCGAUGAUGGAGGUCGAGGCCCAGAAGUCCAUGUGGUCUAUCUUCCGCCGGCGGAAGCUUCGCAGAGCAAAUUCUCAGUCAAUGGCUUACGGCGAAAAGGAAACCUGGUGGAGAAAAUUGCUGAUGCGCAUGGCUUGUCAGGGCAACAUCAAGCAGUGUGAAUUCUAUAAUGGCCCUGGAGCUGAUCGCCCUGAAUCAUUUUUUUCUGAGGAAAAUGACCUUGCUGAGAGAAAGAGAGGCUACCAGCGAAGUUUGAAAGAUGUCAGUGGUGAGGAUGACCAAGGAAAGCUGUUCAAGAGCAAUGUGGAUUUAGGUACACUUGAAGAACAACUCAUAUCUCUAGGAAUUGGGGGCAUGAGUUCAACCUUUACUGAGAUACUAGAGAGAGCUUUCUUCCCAAGAAUUCUCCCCCCGAACAUGUGCAAGAGGUUGGGUCUCUCACAUGUGAGAGGCAUGCUCUUGUAUGGACCACCUGGAACAGGAAAGACAUUGAUUGCGAGGAAAAUUACUGAGAUUGUGAAUGCUAAAGGACCUUGGAUUUUGCCUGGUCCUGAAAUUUUUUGCAGUUAUAUCGGACAAUCAGAGGACAGACUCAAAAAAAUAUUUGAACUUGCUUUCAAUGACUACAUAAGACACGGAUCAAGGAGUGCUCUGCAUAUAAUCAUCAUUGAUGAGAUUGAUUCAAUUGCUAGGAAACAACGAACAUAUGUGGGGAAUGAUAGUGAUAAAGUGCUGAGACAAUUUUUGUCCCUGAUUGAUAGAUAUAAUUAUUUGAAUAAUGUUUUUAUUAUUGGAACAACGAGUCGGAGGGACCUCAUUGACGAAGCAUUGCUAAGGCCAGGUCGAUUAGAUCUCCAACAGGAAGUAAACUUUCCCAAUGAGAGAGGUCGGGCACAAAUUCUCAAAGUGCAUUCAAGCGAACUACAGAAACAAGGAAUCCUUCAAUCGGAUUUCGACUUUGGGAAAUUUGCUUCAAUGACUGAAAAUUGGAGUGGUGCACAAUUGGAAUCACUUGUUAGAAGAGCCCUCUCAAGGGCCAUAGUUAGGGCCAGCGAUGGUUUACAAAACUUGGAUGAGGAAAAGCUCAAAGUCACUGAAGAAGAUUUCUUGAUUUCUAUGGAAGACGUGAAACUUGGUAGAUAGGACUACAACCCUUAGUAUGCUAUCUACUAAAAUGGAAACGAAACUCUGCUUUCUUCCCUUUUCAAUAUCUAAUGCUAUGCAAACUACUUUAGAAUAUAUUUUUGGUCGUAGUUUGGCUGUGCUGGUAUGUAAUUAAAAUAUGAUUUAUAUAUGGAUGUGCUUAUUCCAUCUCAUCUAGGGAAGAUUGUAAUUCUGGAGAUUUAAGUGUUCUGUUGCAGUGGUGCAACAUCGAGUAUGCGAUUUGUUGAUUCCUUAUGAAAUUGUUUUUGGUUUUUUUUGGGUGCACCAAA